GCUUCGACCCCAGUCCCGGGCGAGCCGGCCUGGACGCUGUGCCACCGCGGGCAGCGAUGCGCAGAGGGUCCGCGCCGCCCCGGGGCCGCCGUGCGGCACCAUGAAGCUCCGCAGCAAGGCGGCAGCGCUGCUCCUGCUCGCGCUGGCCGUGCUGCUGCUGGCGCUGCUGUCCUUGCGCGCCGGCCGGGACCCGGAGCCCCCUGGGUUCCCCGCGCGCCCCGAGGUUGCCCCUCAGCGCCGACACGCGCCGGUCUCCACUCUCCCUCCGGAACCCCGCGCCUUCCCCGGAGCCGCUGGCCCGCGCUCCCCCAGGCGCCGGCCCCCGCGUCUGCGCCCCCGAGCGGGCCGCCCGCACGCCGCCAGCCUCCAGAAGUUGGCGAGGAGGCCUGGGGAAGUGAGGAGUUUGCACUCUGUACCACCAGAGCUCUGGAUUCACCUGGCUGUGGUGGCCUGUGGCAACCGGCUGGAGGAGACUCUGGUCAUGCUCAAGUCAGCUGUGCUUUUCAGCCACAGGAAGAUGCGCUUUCACAUCUUCACGGAAGAUGCUCUGAAGCCCGAGUUUGAUAAACAGUUGCGCCAGUGGCCUGACUCGUAUACAAAGAAGUUUGAGCACAGACUCUACCCUAUCACAUUUUCUGUCGGAAACCCUCAGGAAUGGAAGAAACUAUUCAAACCCUGUGCGGCCCAGAGACUCUUUCUUCCGGUGAUCUUAAAGGAUGUGGACUCACUUCUCUACGUCGACACUGAUGUCCUCUUUCUGCGGCCCGUGGACGACAUCUGGAAGCUUCUGAGGCAGUUUAACUCCACCCAGCUUGCUGCCAUGGCCCCAGAGCAUGAAAUCCCCAAGAUUGGCUGGUACAGUCGCUUUGCGAGGCAUCCUUUCUACGGCUCCGCAGGGGUGAACUCAGGGGUCAUGCUCAUGAACUUGACUCGCAUAAGAAGUACCCACUUCAAGAACAGCCUGAUUCCAACAGGCCUGGCUUGGGAGGAGAUGCUGCUCCCGCUGUACCAGAAGUAUAAGAAUGCCAUCACGUGGGGAGACCAGGAUUUAUUAAAUAUUAUUUUUUAUUUCAACCCAGAGUGUCUCUACGUGUUCCCCUGCCAGUGGAACUACCGCCCUGAUCACUGCAUGUAUGGAAGCAACUGCAAAGAGGCUGAGCGGGAAGGCGUGUCUGUUCUGCAUGGCAACCGUGGCGUCUACCACGACGACAAGCAGCCCACUUUCAGAGCGCUCUAUGAAGCAAUCCGGGAUUUUCCCUUUCAGGACAAUCUUUUUCAAUCUAUGUACUACCCUCUGCAGCUGAAAUUUCUGGAGAUGGUGCAUACCCUGUGUGGACGGAUCCCCCAGGUUUUUCUCAAGCAGAUUGAGAAAACGAUGAGAAGAGCUUACGAGAAGCACGUCAUCAUCCACAUGGGUCCUGACCCCAGGAGCUGAGUGUGUCCUCUUGCGCUAAGCCAGCCUGGUGUCUGUAACCGAGGACGAGGAUCCUUACACUGCCUGGAUAUUUGUGUGUGAAUAUUUAAUGGUGCUCUGUGACUGUUGAGGUUCAAAAGCCUGAUUGUAUUUUGCUAAGUUAAUUAUCCCUACAAGGGAAUAUGCUUUUCAUUAUUUUCUCCUGAUAUCCUAUUUAUCUUUUAUUUUUAAAACUAUUUUAUGAAUUUUACAUUGUGCCAGUCGGUUGAGAGAGAAAGGGGAACUGUUUCUAGCCCUCGAAUAUGAACCCCUGUUGAUAUAUGCAGCUAUCAUAAUUAUCUGGAUUUCUUGAGACUCUUCCUAGGCAACUUGCGCUCAUAUCCUAUUAAAAAGCAGUAUGUUUUGAGGCUGGCAAGAUGGCUCAGGUGGUAAAAACAUUUGCCACCAAGCCUAAUGGCCUGUGGUCGACUCCCUAGGUGGAAGAUGAGAAUUAACUCCACCAAGUUAUCCUCUGACCUGCAUGUGUGCCCACACUCACACCAACAAGUAAAGAAAUGUAGUAUCAAAAUAAUAAUAGGGGCUGGAGAGAUGGUCCAGGGGUUAAGAGCACUGAUUGUUCUUCCAGAGGUUCUGGGUUUCAUUUCCAGCACUCACAUAAAUGACUCACAACCAUCUAUAACUCCAGAUCCAGGGCAUCUAAUGCUCUUUCUCUUCUUCACAAUCACUAUGCACAUAAGUAGUGUGCACAGAUAUACAUGAAGGGAAAAUGCCCCUACACAUAAAAUAAAAUGGUAACUUUUUUAAAAAAUUAAAAAAUAAUAAUAUGUUAUGGGACAAACAAACUUGAAGAGAAUAUAGGUCAAUGUGGCCCAAUCGAAAUUAGAUUAGACCCAAUCCUGCCAGCCACUUGAAGAAGGUUGUUACCAUUUGAAUGCGUUUCCUUCCAGAUUCCUUAAAACUCCCGUGGCUUCUGUAAUUCCCACUGCAACAUGUUGAAAACAUACAACCUCAGUCAAGCGCAGCCUGUUUGCCGAGAUUUCAUAUAGGAGACUAAACAGUCAGACGAGAUAAUUACGGUAUGCUGUGUCUGGAAAAGGCUUUCAAACCAGCUAAUUGGACGGCAUUUCGAGAUGAAGCAUGUGUCUGAGGGCGCAUCUCAGAAGGCUUGCUGAGCUCCAUGGAGGACUCAAUCAUGAGAGAUUUCUAUGCCACAAAAGCUUCUAAAAGCCCAAGGGAUCUCUUUAGCAAAGAGGUGUGAGUUUGUGUUUCUCUACAGACAAGAUCACUUGAUUAGACUACUGGGCAGGGGUCAGAAAUCAAAGGACAACUUUAGAUGUUUGUUUGGGUUUUGUGGUUUUAAUCGUAUUUUUAACUACGCGUCUGUGUCUGUGCCAGUGUGUGAGUGCAGGUGCUGAUGGAGACCAGAAGAGGGGGGGCAUUAAAUCCCCUUGAGCUUGAGUUAUAAGCAGUGAGGCCCCAGACUUACGCGUUAUACACUAAACUUAGGUCCUCUGCAGGAGCUGCAAGCACUCUUAACCAUGGACCCAUCUCCCAUCCCUGUAUGCUGUUUUGUUUUGUAGUUUAAAGACAAGGUUUCACAACCUGCCUGCCUCCACCUCCAGGUAGGUCCUGGAUCUACAGAUGUGUACCCCCACACCCAGCUCCAGUUGCAGAUUUAAUUUGCUCAAAGUAGCUAUUUCAGAUAAUUUCAUUGCCAAGAAAAUGCAAAUUCCUGCCAGCCUCAGGACUCUUUUUCACCGUGGUUAGCCAGCUCUUAGCUUAGAAGCCUUACAACCCUAGCACAUAGCUACAAGAGAGAAAGCUCUUAUUCUGUCCCCCAAAGGGAUCUGACUUAAUCCCUAGAUGCUUAUACAGGAGGUAUCCAUGUAGGGCCAUUUUGCAUAAUGAGUUUUGCAUACAUGACUUUUGUUGUUGUUAUUUCCUGCAGCCUAGAGAACUGGGAGGGGGCCAUAGCAUCUCCAUGAGGUUAAGAGAAGGAAAGUCGUCUUCUUUUAAUUAAUUGCUUUUAAUACAGCAAAAGGAACAACCCCAAUAUAAGUACAUUUCUAUAAAAUACAGGUUGGUAUAAGAUGGAUCCUAUUUUCCAGGGAGGAAAACAUUUAAAAAUAAACAUCUUGAGUUCUCUUCAUCCUACACAGCAAUCUGAAAGUGAAAAUUUAAGAAAACAAAAUAAAACUCUUAUUUAUGAAGUGUGAGAGCCCAUCCAUCAGUAGGUUAUCACAGCCCCCUGGAUCAGCAGAAGUACUACAGAGGAACCCUGCGGUGGCAGCUAGUGUAUGGCACA